AAUAGGUUAUGAAAUGACAAAAAUAGAAUUAUUAGUUUUCAUUUCCGCUAUAAAUCUUGUGAUCUUGCUUGCUGAAGGAGUCACUCCUCUUUCGUAAAAGCGAAACCUCAGCAUCUCUCCUCUCGUCUCUCUAUCUCCUCUCUACUCUGCUCUGCAUCAUCGUAAGCCGCCAUGGGAGACAGCCAAUACUCAUUUUCUCUCACCACUUUCAGCCCUUCUGGUAAGCUGGUACAGAUCGAACACGCUUUAACUGCUGUUGGUUCUGGGCAGACUUCUCUUGGCAUUAAAGCUGCUAAUGGUGUUGUUAUUGCAACCGAAAAGAAACUUCCUUCAAUCCUGGUGGAUGAAGCAUCUGUUCAAAAGAUUCAACUUUUGACGCCUAAUAUUGGAGUUGUCUACAGUGGCAUGGGUCCCGAUUCUCGUGUUUUAGUCCGUAAAAGCAGAAAGCAGGCAGAACAAUAUUAUAAACUAUACAAGGAACCGAUCCCUGUUACACAGCUUGUUAGGGAAACUGCUGCUGUCAUGCAAGAAUUUACACAAUCUGGUGGUGUUAGACCCUUUGGAGUUUCUCUUCUGAUUGCCGGAUUUGAUGAAAGUGGUCCACAAUUGUACCAGGUGGAUCCCUCUGGUUCUUAUUUCUCAUGGAAGGCUUCAGCUAUGGGAAAGAAUGUCUCCAAUGCAAAGACUUUUCUUGAAAAGAGAUAUACUGAUGAUAUGGAACUUGAUGAUGCUGUCCAUACAGCUAUAUUGACGCUUAAGGAAGGUUUUGAAGGCCAAAUUUCAGGGAAGAAUAUUGAGAUUGGGAUUAUUGGCUCUGACAAAAAGUUCAGGGUACUAACUCCUGCCGAAAUUGAUGACUACUUGGGUGAGGUUGAAUGAGCAACGUUUUCAAGUGGAUGGUGAACUAUAGAUCUUGAUUUAACUCUGCAUUGUGUCCUUGUCUUUGCAUUGAACUGUUUGAUAUAGUUCAAUGCUGAUUUACUGGCCCAUGUUUAACUGUGAACUUUGAGGUCUUAGAAAAUGAUUAUGCAGUGUUUGCAAACAUCGAGGGUUCGAUGCUAUCAUGCUACUUUAAUUGUAGUUUUUAUCGUUGACAGAUUGUAUUAAAAUAUCUGAAGAUUCUUGUUGCCAAUUUGAUACUUGGUAGUAUUACUUGUGCCAUAGUGUUUCUACUGAGUUUUAUCUUUCA